AUGGUCACGCUGUGUUAUGCGGACGACACACUGGUGGCCGUGCGAGGGCGGGAGUUGGAGGAGGUUCUAAGGAAGGCGGCGGUGGCGACGGAGCUCACUGUACACCGCAUCGAACUCCUCGGGCUGCGGGUCGCCAUUGAAAAGACCGAUGCCAUGGUUCUGGGGGGUACGAGGGAGUGGAAACUGCGGGCAAGCACGGCGUUGAGGGUGGAGGGUCAGUCCGUCCAGGUCAAGGCCAACAUAAAAUACUUGGGUCUUGUCCUGGACAGAAAAUGGGCUUUUGAGGAGCACUUCGCGAGACUUGCUCCUCGUCUUGUGGGUGCUGCCUCGGCACUGGGUCGCCUGCUGCCUAACUUGGGGGGCCGAAUGCUCCCUGCAGGCGGCUGUUUGCGGGUGUCGUCCGGAGCAUGGCGCUCUACGGAGCGCCAAUCUGGGCAGGACGACUGA